AUGGUCUCGGAAGGUAUGAAUCCGUCAAUGCUCACCUCUCCAUCCACACAAGUGGCACCUGGUGCAGGGUGUUUGGAGGGUGCAGUUGGUGGCGGCGACAGUAUGACCAACAGUGGCAGCAGUGGUGCCAUAGGAUCGGUCAAUCGUCGUGUCAACUACGAGAAGUGGGAGGAUGAGGAGCGGCUCGGUGACAGGUCGACGAUUGCGCCAGUUCUCUAUGCGAAUAUCGUCCAUCCGGAGCUGAAAAGUCAGUGGCCUGAUCCUCGUACGAGGGCUCGUGAGAUUCAAAAGCUAUGGCGUCGUUUGCCGUCAGAGAACCGGUCACAGUUUGUGACGCAAUUUCGGGCUAGUUCGAACACACUUUCUUCUCGUGGUGGAGGUGGCGGCGGCGGCGGCGGCGGUGGUGGUGGUGGUGGUGGCAGCAACAGCAGCAAUGUGGGUGGAGGUGUCCAGCCGUCUCACAGUCAAACACAACACGCGGUGAUGCAAGGUAGUGGCAGCGGUGGCGCAUCGUCCCUAGCUGUCUUCUUGCAAACACCAACAAUGCUUUCGGCCAGACUCAUAUUGGGCAUCGAUUCUGUCCUUCCACCCGAAAUCCAUCUCAUUUUGUACUUUCAGUAUAGAUCGCUUGCCGAUCAUUGUUACCGGAGAAUUGUGACCAAGUCAAGACUUCACUGCACCUUCCGGUCCCUUCAGUUGUGCGGUGCCAAACAGGCCCUCUUUUGCCAGUGUCUGUUUUUUUGUCAAAUAAGAGGUACUUUGAAAGUGGGAGUCAAGGGAUCACAAAUAGAGACGACUGUGACACCUCCACAAUCUGUACUGCCAAUUGUCCAAGCUGAGGGUGAGAGGAAACGUCAGAAGCUGCGACAAAUCCUCGCAAUCAGGAUGAAACAGAGGCAACUGGACGCUACAGUUCGGAAACAGCAACUGCAAUGUCUUGCAUCCACGAAGAGAGGCUUACACUCGGCGACAACAUUACCGCCUUCACAAUCCGCACUGUCAAGUAUCCAAGCUGAGGGUGGGAGGAAACGUCAGAAGUUGCGACAAAUCCUCGCAAUCAGGAAGAAACAAAUGCAACUAGACGAAGCAGUUCGGAGACAGCAACUGCAGUCUCUUGCAUCCACAGAGAGUGGCUCACAGUUGGGGAUGACGGUACCGCCUUCACAAUCUGCACUGUCAAGCAUCCUAGCUGAAGGUGAGAGGCAGCGGCAGAAGCUGCGACAAAUCCUUGCAGUUAGGUUGAAACAGAGGCGAAUGGCUGCUGCUGGUCGGAAUAAGAAAUCAGCUUAA